AUGGUAGCCCCCCGGGACUAUUAUGCGGACCUCGAUCUGCCUCCCACGGCGGAGGCCGCUGACAUCAAGAAGCAAUAUCGCAAGCUCGCUCUCAAGUACCAUCCCGAUCGUAACCCCGGCCGGGAGCACGAGGUCAAUGCCCAGUUCCUGAUCAUUCAAACUGCCCACGACAUCCUCACGAACCCCUCCGAACGAGCCAAAUUCGAUGCCACGAGAGGACGAUCUGCUCCUGGGAAAUCUUCAGGCGUCAGGGGAAAUCCAUGGGCUGAUGUUGGGACGCAAUUCCCAGCGCCUCCUCGCCGGACUAAUGCUCCGGGGCGAGGCCAAGCUUCUGGAGCUGACCGAUGGAACACGCGUUUUUCUUCUGGCGUCCCCCCAACUGCACGCCAGCAUGCAUCUGCCAAAUCCGAGUCGAUGAAAAAUGCCGCCAAAGCAUUUGAGAGCAUGCGCCCCAAGCCCCAAGCUAAGGCUGGGGGCUCCUCAGGCACACGGCCUUCGGCGGCACCUCCCCCGACACCCCCACGGACAGAGUCGGCAAGGCAACGGCAGCAGGCUGCUUUUGGCAACCGCAAGACUGGCUACCAGCCACAUGCGUCAGCCUUUGGUGAUGAGCCGCCGGUCAGCAACAGCAACUAUACGACACGGCCAGACCCUUCGCGCACCGUACCACCACGACCAACAGAAGAGUGGGAGCAGCCUGAAACCCAGAGGAAUGAGAGGCCUAUGCCGCCUCCCCGGAUGCCUGACCCUCUCAGUCAGUUCCGCGACAACUCUGGCGCGGAUGGACGUCAAAGCUCCCCAUAUAUGGCGCAGUCUGGCGAAAAGACCAAUCCAUUCGACGUCGACACUAGCCAGGGAGCGCCCAAGGUUCCGCCCAAGGAGCCUCAUACGAGACCUUCAACAUCCAGUACCCCUCGUUCCCAGGAGUCUCCAGCACCAAGUCCAACCGAGCAGAAGGCGAAUGGCAGCCAACGGCCCUCAAUGUAUGGAACACCCCACAAGCAUCGCUCUCAGUCCUACGCCCACAGCCCCCACAAAGCCAGAGGCGCGUUCUACACUUGGCGCUGUUACCCAUUCACGGAGUCCUGGGCUCCGCAGACGUCUCCUAGUGGAGAACGCAAUACACCUCGAAAGCAGACCUCAUUUCUUCGGGACCAGCAUAAUCUGCUGGAACAAUUGAUUGCCUUUGCGAGCACCACCCCGGAGAAGAGAAGGCAGCCCCACACAUCUCCAACCAGCCAAGUCACGCAGAGCACGGCUAACAAGAGAUCUAUUAGCUUUAGCCUAUCUGAGGAGACACUGCCGAAGACUGCGCCGACGCAUGACUUCGCACGCAAGAGUGCGGAUAGUAUCAACACCAGCUUCACGAACGAAGACAAGGCUCAAUGGCAGUUUAACGCUGGAGGCCAGCCUGCCCCGGACUCAGCUGCACGAUCUGAGGAGUCUUUUACUCACCAACAGCAAGCCGAACAGCCGCCUCAGAUCCCUCGGAAAGAGCCAGUGGAGGCACCCGAGACGAAAGCAACCCCUGCAAACGAGCCUUUCAACCCCGAGGGUUGGAGCGCACAAUCCUGGAACGAGACAUUCGCACCUCCAUCUCGAACCAACUCGAAUCCUUCGCCUCUAAAAGCAAGCCGAGCUAACUCGCGAAGAACCAACCCCACAAAGUCUGGAGCCGGCUCGACCGCAAAGGAGGCCAUUCUUGUUGACAGUGACGAGGAUGAGAUCUCCUUCAUAGGGAGAGGCACACGGCCUUCAGUAGCAUCGACUGGUAGCCCGCAGGCCAUGGACAUAGAUUCUCCUCCUGUGACCGGCAAAGCAACCCAGGGGCCUCGCAUUGUGAAUGUUCAACCGUCUCGCCCCGAAUGGCGCACUGACGACCACGACGGACUACCGAAAGGGGCUGGAACGACUACAGCCCGUGACAGUCAUCUUCGAAAUGCGGAACCCAACCUCAACGGAGCUGGGUCAGAAGACUCGGCCGAGUUCCAAGCGAAUCUUGCUGAUUUGCGCAACGUUGCUCCUUUCGCCAAUGUCGACGGCACUGGCCUUCAUUCCUUUGGCAGUAUGAAGGACAACCUUCCCUUCGAGAGCAAGGCUUCAGAGACUAUCCCGCUUGAGCCGAAGCCGGUGCACACGCAGCCACUGGUAUUCCCUGAUGCCCCUCUGGCACCGCGCCCUCCACCAACAAUGGCUGUGCCUGGGAUGCCGACGAACAACGGGACGUGGGAGCGAUAUGUGGGCGACUUUGCAGAGUACCUGCAGAAGUGGGAGGAUUUCACCGGUCAGGUCACGGAUCACUUCGCUGCCCGCAAAACGCAGAUCAUGGGCCUACGCAAGGAGAAGGGCUACGGCUUUCUCGGCGCUCGAAGCGACACGGAUUGUCUGGAGUAUUUGAAAUCUGUUCAGCAGGAUAAUGACGUGCGUUCCAGGUGGAGUGCCGCCUGCGACGAACACGAGCAACGAUUACGGGAGUUCAUUGCAUGCCGGGAGAAAGUCAGGUAG